AUACAGUAUUUAAGUGAUCUCUCUGGAAUGCUGGAGUUCAAAGUCAGAAGUGGUGCAGUCCGGGUCUGGAUGGUCCUAAUCUCUGUGCACUGCAGGAGGCCUCUCUCCAGUGGCUCUUCCCCCCUUGUCCCAGGGCUGUCACUGAGGCAAGAGGCCAGAGCCCGGAGAGGAAAGGGUUGAAGGUUUACCACAGCACAUGCUCCAUGGGCACAUGGGUGGAGCCUCAAAAGCUCAGCUCUCAAAUGCCCACCUGGCUUGAUCCAGAUAGAGACCCAUUUGAAAACUAUCUAAGGAUCUGAAGGUAUGCCUCAGAAACAGUGUGACUGUUGUGUUCUUUUCACAUCUGAUCAAAAAGAGCCUCUUCUGCUUUUUUUCUUCUGGUUGUUUUAACUUCUCUUUCUUUUAUAUAAGAAUGGACUCUUUAUUUCCUUUCGGCUUUUUCUACUGCCUUCUCCCUAGCUCUCUUAUUCUCUGACACGUAUGCUCACUCCCAAUAUUUCUAAGUGCUUCCUCAUACUUCAGCUUGAAUAUGUCCAUUUAAAGAUUUGCAUGUUACCUAAUUGUUUCCAGUUUCCUCAGAAAAUGUUUCUGGAGUUCUUGAGGGUUUCUUACCUAAUACAUAUAAGUUUAUAUGUGGUACGUAUAAUUUUUCUCUACAAAUUACUACUUUUCACUUUAAAAUGUAAGAUUAUACUUAUCUAGCUGUUUUGAACUCAAAUCUAUUAGUUAAUGUAUAAAUCUCUUUAACUUAGAAAGAACCAGGUCAGUGAAAAUCUUUAACUUAUGUCCUCUUAAGUAUUUUUCAACCAUGUUUCUCUUCAAUACUGCAAAGUAAUGUACCUGUGAAUGGUAUCUGAAUCAAUCUGUGUCUGUUUUAAACUCCCCAAAAGAUUGUAAACUACCAGAGGGUAAAGGCCAUGUUUUCCAUGUGAUAUAUAUUUUCCCCCCAUGUUUUAUAUUUUUAAUAGUCUGCAAUUUGUCACAGGGCUAUGACAUUGCUGAUAUUGUUACAUUAGCGUGGUAUACAAUUGUAUAUUUAAUGAUUGCAGCUUUGAAUACAAUCCAUGCAUCACUUAACGAUGGGGAUGCAUUCUGAGAAAUGCAUUGUUAGGUCAUUUUGUCAUUGUGCGGACAUCAUAUGGUAUAUUUAAACAAACCUGGAUGGUAUGGCCCAUGACACACCUAGGCUCUACGGUACUAAUCUUAUGGGAUCACCAUUAUAUGUGUGGUCUGUCAUUAACCAAGACCUCAUUAUGCAACACAUGACUGUAUAGAAACAAAUAUCUGUCUGACUGUACAAAUUAAUUCAAUGUCUGGUAUUGCAUAAGAGGCACACUACAAAAAUAAAUCACUCCUCCAUGCUGCAAGGGCACCUUUGCAGUUCACAGGCACGUGUACCUGAAUUUAGAUGCCCUUCAAAAUAUGGGAGAAUUGACCUUGUAUGAAACCUGAGUUUAAAAAGUUACAUGGUAAGUUUCAUUCACUCUGUGCAUUCAUUCGUCCAAACAGAGCAUAGCCCUGUGACAGACUGCAGACUAUUAAAAAUAUAAAACAUGGGGACAAAGUAUAUAUAUAUAAAUUUAUCUUGCAUGGAAAACAUGGCCCUUCUGAAGCUUAUCUUUUGGGGAGUGUAAAACAGACAUAAAGCAAUAGCAACACAGGAUAGUAUUGAUAUUCUGUCAAACUGAAUGUUACUAAUGCACAUUCAUUCACUCACUCAAUAAAUAUCUCCUGAAAGAUUUCUGAAAACAUAAAGACAAAAUAGAGGCUAAAGCAGGAAAAAGGGUCUUCAAGCCAUAGGAUUUGAGAUGGGUCUGGAAGGAUAUGUAGGAUUUGGACUGAGGAGAGGAAAAGGCAUUGAGCUUGGAAUUGGGAAUGAGCUAAGAGCUAAUUUUAGCAUGAGAUGUGCAUAGGUACUGCUGUGCACAAGCCACAUCUUGUGGUUGCUCCACAUGUACUUAUCAGACAAGUUCAUGAGGUUAGCUUUCAAAGCCUUGAAUGCCAACCUGAGGGAUGUGGACUACAGGCACUAAGGAGCCCUUAGAGGAUUUUGAAUGAGGGAAUGACAUGAGGAAAACAGUACUGUGGGGAAACAACCCUUUGGAAUCUUGUAGGAUGAAUCAAGAAAAAGGAAAAUCAGGAGGCAGUGGCAGGAAAAAUAGUUCAGCCAGGUUAACUAGGAUUUCAGAUGAGAACUAGACUGGUGCCGUUAGAACAGAAUGGAGGGAUGAUUUGUUGUAAAUCUAUCUACUGAAUAAUGUACACACACUGGUUUUUUAAAUGGAAUUUAGUUUAAUUAAAUCACAAAAAUUAUCCAUUUAUUUUUCUUAAAAAAAAGUUUUUUUGUAUACAUUUAGCCAUUGUGAUUUGUAGAUAUUUGUUUUGAAACUUUGAAUUGUUUCUCAAGAAUCUUUCUGAAAAAGAUACUUGAUGUCUCUGUAUCUUUUUACAUCUUCAUGGUUCUGAGGCCGAGCAUCCUUUUUAUAACCCCUUUUAUGUUGUAUAUAUCUAAAUGAUUUCAAAAGGAUUUGAAAAGUCACAAAGACAAAGCUUGUAGUUCUUCUAGUCUUUUAAAAAAAUUAAGUCUCUUGUGAGUUGAACUUUUCACCCAUACAGUUCCACAGUUUAGUGUAACUGGAUGGCCUGUCAUUCACGUAAUGAAUCACACGGCUGAUUAGGGUGUUGUAGAUAAGCAGAAUAGACUUUGCUCAGUACUCAUGACCAACAAGGAAGCAGAGAAGUCUUUAAUCUAAUCUUGGUAGGUUUGCCUCACUCCAAAGCAGACUGCUGGGCGAAUGAUCCUGGAAAAGCAGACACAGAGGCAUUAUGAAAAACCCGUGUUUCCGAAUCGUUACCAUAGUUGUAGGUCUUUAUGUUACUCAAACAAUGACAAACUCAUCAAGAAAAAGUAAUAUUUUAUUCAAUUCUAAAUGCCAGUGGAAUGGAUAUCUUCUGACAAACUGUUCUUUUACUCAAAAGCAUGAGAUACCUGUGGACAUAUCACAGACAGCAGCUACAGUGGAUGCAAGUUCCAGUUUCUUUAGGGCUCUCUUACAGUCUCACACAAAAAAAGAAGAAUGGAAUAUAAAACAUCUGGACCUCAGUAACAACCUCAUAUCAAAAAUAACCUUAAGCCCUCUUGCUCCUGUCCAUGCUUUGGAAACAUUAAACCUGAGCAACAAUGCCAUCUGCUCCAUCUCAUUGGAUCUACCCAGUCUUAGGUCCUCAUGGGUGAAACGGCACAGAGGCGGCUUCAGAAAUGGGCUUCCAUUUCUAAAGUUGCUAAUUCUUCAAAGAAAUAAACUCAGUGACAUUCCCAAGGGACUGUGGAAGCUGAAGUCAUUACAGAGUUUGGAUCUGUCAUUCAAUAAGAUAUCACAAAUUGGUUCAUCUGAUUUUCAUAACUGCCUGCGACUGGAGAACCUCAACUUACAGAGCAACAGGAUAUUCAGAAUUCAUCCAGAAGCCUUCAAGGACCUCAAAAAAUUACAGGUUGUGGACCUCAGCAACAAUGCUCUGACCACCAUCCUUCCGAUGAUGAUCAUUGCUCUAGAAUUUCCCCAUCUGGAGGUUGACUUGGCUGAUAACCAGUGGGAGUGUGACUAUAAUGUGGCAGUCUUCCAAAAUUUCAUUUCUGAAUCCUGGAGGAAAAAGUGGAAUGAAAUUUGCAACAAGUCUAUAGGGAAUGAGAAGGUAUAUUGGUGGACUCCCAAAAGGAGAAUUUCCAGGGAGACUCACCUUCCUCACACUGAAUCGAAUCCUAUGAGAAGUCUCGUGAUGAGCAAAACCGAGAGGCCCCGGGAAGGGCAGUACACGCACUUUUCCCCACUGGGGAGGAAGGACGAUGCCAUGCAGAGACAGCUGCCAAGACGGGUCAGGAGAGACGGGGAUGAUGUGCAAACUCCUGAUAGAAAGCAAGACGCUUCCCAGGACCUUGCCCUGGCCGUCUGUCUGGCGGUUUUCAUCACAUUCUUUGUGGCUUUCUGCCUGGGGGCUUUUGCAAGGCCUUAUGUUGACAGGCUGUGGCAACAGAGAUGCCGGAAGAAAGGCCCUGGUUCGGAUACUGCGUAUUCAAACGAGGGCUUCUGCGAUGACGUGGAAGCUGCAGAGAACACGCAGCACCCAAGGGUAGGUCAGCACCAACCUUGCUGUGAUCUAAAGCUCUAUGAGAACCAAGACUCUUUCUUGGUGACAGGAGCCAGCCCACACGCCGCCAUCAUUCCUGAUAGAACCCUGAACACGAGCAGAAAGGAGCCUGACAGUCGGCAGAGCAGGGAACAACUCGACGACAACAACGGGGCAGGAAGUAGCAAGGAUUACAUGCUUCCAAGUGACAGUGCAGCCGGGGCCCUUCUCCGCGGACAGCCAAAUGCUGAUCAGAAUGCACGAUCUUCAGCUGCACAGGACCACAUCUACAGCAAUGCCAUUCUUGGAGAAAUAAAUUAUGAAACUGUAGCCCAGGAAGAUCCUCUCAGUGAGCUGUCAGUGGGCGUCCCUGCAGUAGUGGGCAGGUCGCAAACUGUCUCUAGCUCAAUCCAUAAUGAUUCCAGUGAAUUAGACCCACCACUGUUGAGAGAAACAACGGCUUCUCUCUCGCAAAUGCUAACACAUCCGAAAGCACAGAGGACUGGAGAGCAUGAGGGAAGAGGGGUCACUGAACAAUUACCCUCAGAGUUCUCUAAAGAAAUGCAAGCAAGCACUUACGUUAAUUUGCUGAGCGCACAGCAGCAAAGGCUCAAGGGGUCCAGUGCUGAGGAAGAGCUUUCCACCUACUACAGUGCAGUCACACUCAGUGACCCAGAAGAUACAGACCCAUCCCCACCCGUCUUCCCUCCAGGAUGGGGGAGGGACCUGCAUGUCACUCCUGCUAACAAGGAACCAGGGCAGGAACACCCUCCUGACACUCAGUACGAGUUGGACACCGACUACGAUUCUGAUGAGGGGUCUUUAUUUACUCUAAGUUCAAUAAGUUCAGAGGAUGCAAGAAAUAUGACUGAAGAAGAGGCACAUGGUGAGGAGAGCCGUAGAGCCAGUGAGGCCCCAGAGGACCAGGACUCAGGAAUGAGCAAGGACAAUGUUAUGUCAUUAGAGAGUCUUGACAAUGACAUCACCUUCCAGAAGGUUCUGGGGAAAUGUGAGAAUCAAGAAGAUCAUUUUGAGAAACCUCUAACUUCUGGUCCAGACUCUGGUUGGCAUGAAACUCAUCUGGAAAGUGGCUCUAACACCAAUAAAUUUGAGGAUCCAUUGACCUUGCCCGAGUCACUGGGCAAUAGUCCUUUCACUGAUGAGACCCCAGAGGAGUUCAGUCAUGAUUGGGUCACAGCUCUUCAACCUGAGGUGGUAGAGUGGCUUUACUCACUUAAAGACUUAGAAUUUUCAUAUGUGGAUAUUUUACCACAAACACCACCUCGUUCUGACGAAGUUCCCUCAGAUCCUAGUAAGAGUGCCUGUCGUGAAAGAGACUCAAACACUUGUAAGGAUGAACCUUUCAUUCAGGAAACAGACACAGCUCGAAACCAUAGUCCCUUCAAGAUCACUACUGGGGAAAACUUAAGACCUUCACAACAAGAUUUUGAAGAGGCCAACGUGAAUUCCAACCUAAUGGAAACUGAUGCAAAUGAGAGGUUUGUAUGUCCUCCCGAGGACCAUGAUUCCAGAAGAGUUAUAAGCCAAACACAAUUGUUCCAAUUCUGUGGUGAUGAAUCUGCUGUUCAGUGUGAAAGAGGAGGGGGCGAAUAUUUUGAAGAUGGUUCCAAGAGCCAGGUACCAUUAUUACCAGAGCUUGCAAAUGACGCCAGUUCACUAAGAUCACAGGAGCCCUUCAGUGACAGAGACUGGGGUAAAUACUCACAGGAGAAUCUGUUGCAGUCAGAAAAAGAUGAUUCUGAUCUUUAUCCUCAAAUGCAGACCCAGAGCAACUCGAUGGGAGCUGACAAUCUACUUGAGGACCAAUGUUACUAUGACGAAGACAAGGACGUCCAACUUGAAAGUCAAAGGGAAUUCAAAUAACAUUUUUAGUACAGAUUGAAGCACUUAGAUGGAACUGCUGGACAGAUUUUUACAAAGUCUGCACAAAGAACAGCACAACUUUUUGGAGGUUUAUUGUGAAACUGCAAAAUUGGAAGGAUUCAGAACAAUUCUAAAUAUUUUGUAAUAAGUUAUGUUAAAAGAGGGACCAUUUUCUAGAACUAAAUGUAAAUUAAAAAUCAAUUUUCAAGAAGA